AAGCGUUUAUUGCGCGUGUGCGAACCGCGCCGAGGGGUGGUUGGUCGAUGGUCCGAUGUGCGAACUCGAAAAUUGCGAAUUCGAGUGAAAUAUUUCUAUGUUUUUUGCUCAAUCUUAAAUUAAACGUUAAAGAUAGUUUAUCAUUUACAUUAUCUUGAAAAAGAAAACGUGGAACUCGGGAGCUGCCACCUCUAAGCAAACGGGUGCCCGACUCUUUUCUAGGGGCGCACAAAAACGACACGCGGUUGUCGAAAAAUGGCGAAAACCUUUCGCUCGUUGUCAGUAUUGACUUUGUUUAACAAUGGACAGACAACAUCAAAGUUUCUUGAACCAGUCGCUCUCGUCGUUAAUUACGACCCACAAGGGCUCAGCCUCGAAUUUAUCUUAGAUGAUUCUACUUUAAAAGAAAAGGUUUCAUUAUUAGAAUUUCCUGUAACUCAUACUACUGAAUGCUCUAGAGUUUCAUCCCGAAGUUAUGUUUUUACAUUGGAGACAGAUACUUUGUUAGUCACAUUUCAUUCUGAUGCAGAUUUUCGAAGCUUUCAUUCGCUAAUAACAAAAUUAAGAAAUGGAAAGUGCGGUGGUAUCUCGGCAUUUAAUGAUAGAACGGAAGAGUCAUCGGCCAUGCAAUAUUUUCAAUUUUAUGGUUAUUUAUCACAGCAACAAAAUAUGAUGCAAGAUUAUAUAAGGACGAGCACUUAUCAACGUGCAAUUCUCGGCAAUUUAUCUGACUUUAAAGACAAAGUUGUAUUAGAUGUAGGUGCUGGUUCUGGUAUUUUAUCAUUUUUUGCAAUUCAAGCUGGUGCAAAAAAAGUCUAUGCAGUAGAAGCAAGCAAUAUGGCAAAUCAUGCAGAAUUAUUAGUUGCUGCUAAUAAUUUAUCGGAUAAGAUUAUAGUAAUAGCUGGAAAAAUCGAAGAAAUAGAUCUACCAGAACAUGUUGAUUGCAUAGUCAGUGAACCUAUGGGCUACAUGUUGUAUAAUGAAAGAAUGCUUGAAACUUAUCUUCAUGCCAAAAAAUGGCUAGUACCAGGUGGAAGAAUGUUUCCUUCUAGAGGAGACUUGCAUAUCGCGCCAUUUUCCGAUGAAAACCUUUACAUGGAACAAUUUAAUAAAGCCAAUUUCUGGUAUCAAACAUGUUUCCAUGGUGUAGAUCUCUCUGCAAUGAGAAGUAAUGCAGUUAAAGAAUAUUUCCGCCAACCUAUUGUUGAUACCUUUGAUAUAAGAAUUUGUAUGGCUAAAUCUGUUAGGCAUAUCGUAGAUUUCCAGACAGCUAAAGAGACUGAUUUACAUAAAAUAGCUAUAGAUGUUGACUUUCACAUAUUAGAAAGUGGUACAUGUCAUGGUCUUGCAUUCUGGUUUGACGUGGCGUUUAUUGGUAGUGCUCAACAAGUUUGGUUAAGUACUGCUCCUACAGAACCUCUUACACAUUGGUAUCAAGUGCGUUGUCUUCUUGAAAAUCCAUUGUUUUGUAAAAGUGGUCAGUUACUUUCAGGAAAAGUUAUUCUUAUUGCUAACAAAAGGCAAUCUUAUGAUGUGACAAUAGAACUCAAAUUAGAAGGGACGAAUUUGGAAAGCAGUAGUAAUACCUUAGACCUAAAAAAUCCUUACUUUAGGUAUACAGGAGCAGCAGCGCAACCGCCCCCUGGUUUAAAUAAUACUUCACCUAGUGAAUCUUAUUGGAAUUCUCUGGAUGCACAAGGUGCUCGGCAAGCUGUAAACAUGGUUAAUGGCAUGUCAGUUAAUGGUCUUGGUGAGGUUUCAAUGGAUACUAGCGCUGCAGUAAAUGCCAGUAAUUUACUUGCUAUUGGUGGUCAACCGAAUAUUCACCCCGGUUCGAUAACAAGUACUGGACGUGGCCGAGUAGGUGGUACAGCUACAAGUACACAAGCAGCACAAUUGAUAGGUGGUGGAAUAACACCUAAUAUGUUCACAUCUCCAGCUACUCAAUCGCUGGUCCUUGGAAACACGUCACAUUAUCCAGUAAAUCCAAGUUUAAUGAUUGGUGAUUAUGUGACACCUGGAAACGGCAUAUCACCUCAGACUUACCGGCAAUGAUCUAUGGCAAAAUCAUUUUGCACUGAAUAUUCUCGCAAAGUAAAACAGUUACAGAAUGAUCCUCGCCAUAGUAAUUCUAGCAACGUUGGUGACAAGAGCAACAGUAAACAAAGCCGUAAGUUGGUGUUUAGUUCGCCAGCCAGCAAGCUUCGACUCGCGUCUGCUGUUCGAAUUUUACAUGCAGUUGAUUUAACCAGUCUUGAACCACAUUUUGAUCAUAGCGGUAACAGUGUCACUUAUUUGAGUAAGCCUACAAUUGAUUCUGUAUUUGGAUUUGGUUGGGGUUCUGGAAGGAAUAAUUCUCAAUGGGAGGCACGUUGGAGGAGAUUGCGAGCCAUCCCCUCGUAGCUGUCAAUAUUUUGUACUGUCAUCUUUUAUUUCAUCGCCCUUUGAAGAUCGGAUCUUCCAGAUUGAAGUGCACGCUUGCCAAAUAUAUCCAGGAAGAUAUAAUAUUUUUUAACGACAAUACAGUUUACCAUAUGCAGCGUUCUACGCCUUACUAUUUUACCAAGUCCUGACAUGGUCUAUGCAUCAGUAAUUUGUAAGAAAUUGUAGACCGAUCAUAAAUCGUGUUGUGAUUUCUUGUUUUUUUCUUUAAAAGACUUUAAAACUUUUAGUACCAGCAAAAUAUCGGAGAUUGUACAUCGAUUAGUUGUUGGCAUAACUGGUUUUCAAUAUCAAAUGACUUUUACACAACUCAUAGAAUAGAAAACAACAUUUUUAACAUUUUGCUAAGUGCAAAGAGCAAUAAUUUGAUAAGCAUACAAUAUUAAGCACUCUGUGGCAGAAUUUAUUAUAUAAUUACAUACAAUAUUUUUGUAUAUAUUUCAUUCCUUAUUUUUACUAUUCUAUUUUAAACAGGUAUAGUAAAAAAUAUUUUAUAAUCUUUUCUUUUUAUUUGAAUUUUGUAGGAUAACUUUUGCAUGGAUUGGUGCAUAAUUUAUAAACUUACCUUUAAAUUUAAUUCUAUUCAAUCACUAUUAUAUGUUACCAUUCUUAUAUAUUUAUAGAGUAUGGUCUGAUAAGACUUCCUAAAACUUAAUUUUUCAUAAAAGAUUUUUUUUAAGACUACUAUAAUAUGUUUUACUAUAAUAUAAUGUAUAUUAUAGUUUAUUGUAUCAGUAUUUAGGGUGCUUAAAUUUAUGUAAAACAGAAGAACUGAUUUACAGUAAUGUAUUCAAGACCUAAGCAUGAUAAAAAUGUAAUAAGUUUCUUUUUAAUCUAUAGCGUGUUCUUCCAUAAUAAAAAAAUGCAAAUAUAUAUAUAUAUAUAUAUAUAUAUAUAUAUAUGUAUGUAUGUAUGUAAACUAUGAUUUAUAAGCAUUGAAUACUCAUAUUACUUUGUGUCUGGCAUUCCACAAGUGCUUCUAAUAUUGUAUGAUUUGUUGUAUUAUAUAACAUAAAAGCCUGCUUCUCUUCCAUUCUUUCUUUGUAAGAAAAUAAUUACACUAAAAGCAAUAUUUGAAAGAUAUCGAUAACCAAAAGAAAAUAACAAAAUUUUUUUUUCUGCUUUUCUGAGUAUUGCUUUCAACGUCAUCAUUGUAUAUUUGUGUGAGUGUGCAUAGUUUUUCUUUUUAUGUAAUUGCAAUACAAUGACUGAAAGUUACGUGACAUCUCAGGAAGCGAUACAAGUAGUUGAUACUUUCAUUCUGUUCGUAAUUCUUUUUUUUCUCUCAAUUUAUUUCAUAAUUACACAAUUUAUACACUCAAGAAAUUUAGUGCAAAUAUGAUGAUGCUGUAUUAUUAAUAUUACCUAUUGUUUUAUACAUCUAUAAAUCAUUGGUUAAUAGGAAUAACAAUAGUAUUUGUCAUUGUGCAUAGUAUUAAAAGUUGCAUCAAGCUAUUGUUUCUAUAAUAUUAUAACUUGAUCUAAAAGACAAAAGACUUUCUUUUGUUUUGUUUUUAUAUAUUUACAUUGUUUUGUCCUAUUCCUGUUUUUUUAAAUGAAAGAAACAAGCUUGAGUACAUUUGACAUACUCUGAGGAGAUGAAUACUAUUCGUUUCAUGAAUAUCAUUCGGUAGGAACAUAAAUACACGAAGGAAAAGGUUAGAAUUGUGUUCAAAAUAAUAAUUAUUUAGUAUUUUACACCAUAGAUGACUUAUAUAAAUUCAUCUUAAUUACUAAUGUAAUUGUCUCUACUUCCUCUGUGAUGGUUGAUAUGAAUAUGAUAUUUAGUAAAUCUUAGUACAAAGUAGUACAAAAAAAAUAAUAAUAAUUUUGUUUUUAUAUCCUUUCUUCCUUUGACAGCUACAAUAAAUAAAUUCUAUUGGUCAAGCUGUAAAAAUUUAUCACUUUUCCAUUUUUAUAAAUUACCAAUGUGCUUCCAAAAUAUAUACACAAUGAUAUUCGGUCGAACGCUAAUCUAACUUUUACUUUCGUGUGGGAAUAUCAUUCAUUAUAUUGCACUUCUGAUCUGCUCGAAAGAAUAUCGUUAAAAAUUAGAAUUUAUUUUGUUUUUAUUUUAUAUUUUGUAAUUACUGUACGUAAAGCGUUUAUUUCUAUUUUUGUUUAAUUAAAAACAAUAUUGUGUAAGACUAAAUUGUUCUUUAAAAACUGUAUGGUGUGUCACGAUAUUCAUUCAUUUAUUUUAAGAUAAUCGAUUAAUAGGACGAUUUGUUAAAUGAAUUUUAAUUGUAAUAAUAACUUCAUGAUCAUUAAUCUAUCAUUCUCAUUGAUUCUUAUCGCUAUCAAUAUCUAUCAUUGUACUUUUCUAUGUGAAAAGACUACAUUUGAAGGCGUGCGUUUGUGUAAAAACAUACACGAGACAAUGUACACCAUUCAAUAAGAUUACGAUUAGUAUGCACGCGCCAUUUGUAUGUAUAGCCUUCGUGCGUAUGUGACGAUUACGCAUAGUAUUUUUUUGCAUCCAUUACAUUAAUGAGAUUUAUUUAUACAACACAUGAUAUCACAAGCAAUUUUUAAUUGCACCGACUGAACAUCAGUUUUGUUGUAUUUACCUAACUACAUAUAAACACAUACAUCCGUCAUGCUCGAUAAUUAAUUGUAAA